AUGACCAGCUACAUCACAACCCACAACGCUACCGGCGAAGCCAUCUUUUCUCCUAAAGUCAUCACAGGCCUACCAAAAAUCCUCGUCCAAUCCGGCGAAGAAGAAAAGGGCGCCUUACAAAUAAUCUACGACAACGACACCCUCCGGCCCAACCUCUCCAACGAGACCGACAUCGACACAUACGUAGAACUUCGCACCAAGGGCUAA